AUAAAAUUAGAACGUGUUUUGGGUGUAACUGUAUCGAGUAAUGCAGCGUUGGAUUGCGACAGUACUAGUGAACUAGUCGCUUAUCCUGCAGGAUGUACCGUAGUUUUGUUCAACCCUCGAAAAAAUCUCCAGACGCAUGUGUUAAAUAGUUGCAAAAAAACUGUUACCUCACUGGCACUUGCUGGAGAUGGUCGUCUUUUAGUCACUGGUGAAUGCGGACAUAUGCCCAAUGUACGAGUAUGGGAUAUUUCUGAUCGUCAAAACGCCAUUCAGAUUGCCGAGUUUUCCAGUCAUAAAUAUGGAAUUAAUUGUGUUGCGUUUUCACCAAGCAACAAAUAUGUUGUUUCUAUUGGAUCGCAGCAUGAUAUGAUAGUGAAUGUCUGGGACUGGCGGAACAAUGUAAAAGUAGCAUCUAACAAAGUAUCUAGCAAGGUGAAGGCCGUAUCAUUUGCUGAAAACGGGAGCUAUUUUGUAACUGUUGGUAAUCGACAUGUUAAAUUUUGGUAUCUUGAAUAUACUCGAAACGCUAAGUAUAAAGAACCAGUACCUCUUAUGGGCCGAUCCGCUAUACUAGGUGAACAACGAAAUAAUGACUUUGUGGAUGUAACAUGCGGCCGCGGAGAGACGGCAGAUUCUACUUACGCCAUUACAAAAACUGGAUUACUCUGUGAAUUUAAUAAUCGGCGGCUCCUUGAUAAGUGGGUCGAAUUAAGAACAACCAGUGCAAAUUGUAUGGCCAUAGGUGAAAAAUUAAUUUUUGUUGGAUGUGCCGAAGGAAUUAUUAGAUGCUUUAGUCCAGUAACACUUCAAUUUAUUACAACAUUACCAAGAACUCACUAUUUAGGGGUAGAUGUAGCUUGUGGAUUAUCUAUAAGCCAUAUGUCUCAGCAUCCAGUAAAUGCUAGAUAUCCAGAUGCAAUUGCUUUAGCUUUUGAUGAAUUAAAUAACAAACUUACGUGCGUUUAUAAUGAUCAUAGCAUUUAUAUUUGGGAUAUUCGAGAUAUCAAGCGUGUGGGAAAAUCUCACUCUUUUCUCUUUCAUUCAGCAUGUAUAUGGGGCGUUGAAAUGUAUCCAACAAAUAGUGAAUUAAUAAGUAACAUGCCUUCAGAUAGUUUUGUGACAUGUUCAAGCGACGAUACAAUAAGAGUAUGGAAUUUAAAAAAUGAUUUUUCAACAAAUCAAAAAGUUUAUAGUCGUAAUAUUUAUAGCAAUGAAUUAUUAAAAGUGUUAUACAUUGAUCCUGAAUUGACAUACUUAAAAGAUUUAGAUUUAGCUACCGCAGGAUCAACAGAUAAAAGUGAUACCUCAUAUGAUGGUCGUAAUGGUGUUAGAUCAAUCAGAAUAAGUCCAGAUGGUGCGCAUAUUGCCUCUGGAGAUCGAUCAGGUAAUAUUAGAAUUCAUGAUGUAGCUACGUUAGAUGAAUUAUGUCUUAUAGAAGCUCAUGAUGCUGAAGUACUUUGCCUUGAAUACUCAAAAUAUUCUCGAAUUACCGAUGGACCAAAAUUACUAGCAAGUGCUUCAAGAGAUCGAUUAAUACAUGUUUUUAAUGUUGAUGAGGGUUACAAUUUUCUCCAAACACUUGAUGAUCACAGUUCUUCAAUUACGGCUGUUAGAUUUUUCACAACGACUCAAAAUGAUAACAUUCAAAUGGUAUCAUGUGGCGCCGAUAAAAGCAUUAUUUUUAGACAGUUGCAAAUGACUCCAGGAAAUCCACCACAAUUUGUAAGAGAUCACAAUGCUCAAGGAAAAACCACGUUGUAUGAUAUGGAAGUAGACUCUGGUCAAAAGCAUGUUUUAACAGCUUGUCAGGAUCGUAAUAUUCGAGUAUACAAUGUAGCCACUGGUAAACACAGCAAAACGUUCAAAGGUUCUAUUGGUGAAGACGGGUCUUUAAUAAAAGUUGUUUUGGAUGCGUCAGGAAUAUAUGUUGCUACUUCAUGUACAGACAAAACUUUAUGUGUCUAUGAUUACUACAGUGGUGAAUGUAUGGCAACAAUGUUAGGUCAUUCAGAACUAGUUACAGGCCUCCGUUUUAGUCCAGAUUGCCGUCACUUAGUAUCAGCCAGCGGCGAUGGUUGUAUAUUUGUUUGGAGUAUACCUCAUGAUAUGGUAGUUACUAUGCAAGCACGAUUAACUCAACAGGCGAUGCGUGCGGGUAAAAAACCCCAAAAUUUACAAAAUGGACUAAUAACACAGCUAGAAAAUGAAUCUUUUGGUCCACCAUCGCCAGAAUUUUUCGGUUCAAAUGUCAAUUCAACUAUACAAACUACUGCUAUUGACUAUCGUUUCAGUGUUGGUCAAUUACCUCAUUGGGCUAAAAAACAAAUCAAUACGGAUACUAAUACUGAAGAAAAUAUAACUUCAAGUGUCAGAUCGGUUAGUGUAGAUAUGCCGAAAGGCCGAUGGGCUCAACGUGUACAACAGACUGAUGGAAUUACUGUAAAAUCAGUCUAUGAUAGUGAUGAAAUUAUUCAUUUUCCUCCUUCGAGAAGUACCAUUGACUCUGAAUGUGGAGGUGGUGGUACUGGAGGAUCUAAAGAUAGUUCUAUUGACAGUGGAACUGAAACUAAAUGCAGCAGUGAUUAUAGACGUGAACCCAUUGCUAUAAAAAAAGAAGAAGAAGAAGAAGAAGAAGAAAAUGUAUUUGCACCGUGCCCUGAUAGUUACAGAGAAUUAGCGGAGGAUUUGAAAAAACAGAUGACAAGUGGCAACAUAACAAUAACUAGAGGUAGCAAUAUCACAGAGUUAACUCAUCAAUCGAGAAUACGAUCUUACACCGAUGACAGCAGUCUUAGCAGUUUUAAAUUAGAGGAUCACGAGAGUACAGAACAUGAUGGUGAUGUUGAAGAUUAUUCUGAAGGCGAAAAUGGAACAGCUAGUUCGGAAAAAUCACAUAAUUUAAUGUACUAUCCACCAACUGAAGAUACUAUAUCAAAUCAGUUCAAAGUAAAUGCCAUGGAUAUAGAAGAACUCCGAAGAUCUAUGAGACGAGGAAAAAAAAUAAAAAUUGGAGAUAGCAAUAUCAGUGAAUUGACCACAGCAUCCGGAAGUCAAGAUGAUUCUGAUUCUGAAGGAGGUGCAUCAACGCCAAGUGCUGAACGUAAUCCAUUGUCUAUUUUAUCUGAAGCGAGUUCUGAAGGAUAUGAUCAGGUUUUCAAUCAAACUCAUCGAGAAAAGUAUCUUAAAAAUGCUUUUGAAUCUCUAAGUGGUGCUGAUGAACUCACAAAUAGAAAAAAUACCAGUAUUAGCUCUCAAUUUCAUGGAAGAAUAAGCGGAGGAGAAAAUCAAGAAAGUAAAACACACCAAACACCAGUUAUAAAUUUAAUUACACCAAAAAAUACAAAACUUAGUACAGAUGUAACGAAAAAUCGUGAAGAAUUACAGCGGCGAAUAGAAGAAACGAGAAGAAAAUUACAAAGUGUUGGCUAUAAAUCUUCUUUAAAGUCAAGCCAAAGUAUCUCAGAUCUCAGCAGCCAUAUACCAGAUCGCCAUCAUCGGCAAAGUAAGAUUAGUUCAGGUAAUAAUAAACGUCCACAAUCACAAUACUAUACAAUACCAACUAACCUAAGUAAACCAUUACUAAAUUUAAAAUCUCAUUUAAAACCUCAUACUAUUACUAACAAUGUUUCUGGUUAUGGAAAUGCUUUUUUAAAAGAUCAAAUUGACAAAAAACGCUUUCCUAAAAGUCAAACUACUUUUUGUAUAAGUAAACAGGCCAAAUUGACCGUAAGUCGGCCAUUAUCAUUAGCACUAAAUAAAACUGAUAAAAUGAAAUUAUCUGUCGAUAAAACAAACAAAUCAUUACCAGAAUCACCUGUUUGUGAAGAAUUAAAAGCAAUUAAAAAAUCAUGUAAAGCAGAACUAAACAAGUUUACCAAGUUUGCUCAAAAACAGAGAUCUUGUAGUUAUUUUAUUGGCUUGAAUGAUAAUUUUGAAGAUAUUGAUUGCUUAGCUAAAUCAUUUGAAAGUUUACCAGCUAUGAAAGAGCCACUAUCAGAUAAUGAUGAUGAUGAUGAUAAUGACAUUAAUGACAAUGGUAAUUUCAGUGACGAUUCUUUAGAAAGUGAUUAUAAAAAUCCACCUCGUAGAUGUGUUAGUGAAUAUCAAAUAAAUAUAAAUAGAGAAUCAAAUAAUAAAAAUAAAAACUAUUUGAAGUGUUUAAAAAAGAAUCUUGGUGAUUCACAAGAAAGUAUUCUGUCUGAUGCGUCUGGAGAAAUAUUUGAUUGCCAGUAUGAUAACGAUAGACAUUCUAGUGCUAGCUUUUUUUUAUCACGGCGAAAAAUGCAAGCCACUCAAAGUCAAGAGAGUGUAUUAACUGAUGUAACAGAUGACUAUCAAAUUUCUUUAUUGCGAGAAAAUGAAGUUAAUAGAAGUACUGAAAGUAUUCUCACUGAUGAUUCUGACUCAUUAGUUAAGUCUGCACCAUUAGAAAUUCUUUUUGAGUCUCAUUAUAAAAGAAAAAGACAUAACUCUGAAAAUAAAAUAGAAAAUAUUGAAUUUGACAAACCAAUAAAUACUGUUACACCUACUAAAGCUGUUUUUCGAUCUAAAUCUUUACAAGAUACAAGACUCAGUGCCGUUAAAUCAGCUAUUAGUUACACGGAAGAAAAUUUCAGACCCAAUCAAACUUGUAUUUAUUAUGAAUUUAACAUCGAUAAUACAAAAGAGUAUUGUUCAAAAGUUCGUAAUUCAUCAAGAUUUGAUAUGACAAGAAGUAAUAGUUUAAAAGAGCCCCAUUCAAUGUUAAUUUUUGAUAAUUUUGUACCCCAUAAACCACCAAAACCAAAAAGAAAUUUUCCUCGCACUCAAAGCAUGCGAAAUCGUUCUAGACCUUCUUGGAAUAAAUAUAAUUUUGAAAAUCCACUGUCUCAAAGUUUAAAUUCAAAUAGUAAAACUACUUGUUUCGACAAUGAUAAUGUAGAGUCAAAAAAUAGUAAAAAAAUUAGUUCAAAGACAAAUGAUUUAAAAUUAGAAGAAAAUACUUCGUUAAUUCUUCUCUCACCAACAAACCAAAUUUCGAAUCAAAAUUUGUUCAAAAAUGCCGAGUCAAAAAAUCGUACUGAAAUUGAAAAAAAUUUAUCAAGCUACUCCAAUGAAGCUAACAAAAAUAAUAAUAAUAAUAAUAAUAAUAAUAAUAAUAAUAAUCAAACAACUAAAAUAACAAAAACUUCUUGGCAUGACGAGUUAGAUGUUGAUAGCGGUUUUGAAAAUCAUAUUCCUACAAAAGAUACAUUCGAAACUUAUGACUCAUUGGAACCUUAUGGAACAUCUUCUUGUGAAGCAUCAACUUCAGAUUCUCAAAUUCAGGAUACGAAUGUCGAAAUAGAAAAAAAUUAUAACAAUAGCACUGCUGACAGAAUUAGUCGAGCAAUUGAAGGAACUGUAAAACUUUUAUCUAAAGAAUUUGAAAACUUAGUUAAAAGAGAGCAACAGAAUUUAAUUAAAAAUAAACAAGUUUGGCAGGUACAUCAGUCAAAUUCAGCUGAAAAUUUUUCAAAGUUUGAAUCAGAAAGAGACAAGGGCUCAACUUUUAAAAAAGACACUCGACCGAGUUCAGGGUGUGAGGACAGUGAUUGCACUGUAGAUAAAUCUUUAAUGGAAAGUGGUUCCUCAACUCCUGGAUCAAGUUGUACUAAUUCACCAAAACGAAUUUGGCCACCUGCGUCUCGAUGUCAAUUGAAGUGGAUCAAAGCACUACCAACAAUCAAUCAAGAUAUUUUACCAUCUAAGCAACACUUAUCAGUAGAAAUUAGUGCAUGCGUUUAUUGCGUGUUUUCAACAGUUGAAACAGAUGGCAGGCUUUCGUCGAAAAUUUCUGAUUCUAAAGAUGAUAUAGAAGACAAAGGUAUGCGACGUGCUUGUUCCUUGAGUGAUCUCUCCGUCAGUCCACCAAACAGGUUACUGCAUGGUCCAAUACAAGUUUCAGGUAAACUAAGCAUUAAAAAUUCAAAUGUAUCAUCAAGAAACGGAAAUAGUGUUAAUAUAAACAGUGGAUUAUCAUCAAGAUAUAAUUCAAGCAAAUGUCACUCAACAUACAUGACUCGAAGUAGCAGCGUAGGCGUUUUGAAUCAGCACAGUGAUUCAGAAUCAGAUGCUGGAGUAAUUUCAAGCAGUAGAAAUUUGACAAAUCCAACUACUAACAAUCGAAUAAGUGGAUUAAUGAGGCCUACAAUAAGUUCACAAAAUAAAGUAAAUCAUCAAUCGAAACCGAGUUCUUCUUCAAGUAGCAAUUUACCUAUGGUACUGAGAAGACGUGGAAUGCAAUCUGCUUAUUCAAGUGUCAAUCUAAGUCAAGUUAGUAAUCAAGAAGAUUCUAGUUCAGAGGAUACUUCUUCAAAUGGUAAUGGCGGAAAACCAUCAUUACCACCCAGACCUCGAAGUAUUAACAUUGAUCUUUCAGCAAACUUCAAUUCUAGUGGAUCACUAAUAAAACGAUCAGGAUCAAGUACAUCAAUAUCAAACAGUCGGCUGAUGAAUGAUGCAAGUGGUCAAAGCAAUAUAAGGCUAUCUAGUCGAAAUCAAUUGGAUUUAAAUCUACAAAAACUUCCAACUAAAGAUAUAAAUGUAGCUAAUGCUGAAUUGUCUCCGCAAUUAUGUAAUACAAUCGCUGAUGAAUUGACAAGAACUGCAGAUAAUGUGGUUCAGCUAUAUAAGCGAUUAACGAUGGAUAGUUCUGCAAAUCCAGAGCUUGAGCCUAUUGAUAGAGAUACAAUGCUUCGAGGUUUAGAAUCAUCAGUUAAUGAAGCAAUGCGAACACUUCGUCUUGUCGCAGCUAGUACAACUAACAAAGAAAGUACUGGUAAUAAUUCUUUAGUUGUUAAUGAAGCGGCUGAAACAUUUCAAGAAUUAUUAGCAGGUCAAGAUCAGGGUAAAGUUGUAAAUAUAAUGCAACAAUACUCGGAAUUGCUUUUGACUAUGAUGCAGCAAAGAAUGAGUGGUACACAACCUAAUCAUGUUUAG